GCGACACAGUACAUAACCCCCUACUGGCAUACACCGGUCCCUGUGCGGUGCUGGCUGUGGCGGUCUUGGGCUCCGGCCCGGGCCGUGCUGUGCCCUGACUGGGCAGUGCGUGCAGGGUGCCCUGCCAUCGGCCGUGCGGGAGUCCUGACCUCGGCAGUGCGGGAGCCUUGACCUGGCAGUGCUGAUGCCCUGACCUGGGCGGUGCUACUCAUGCACCCCCUG